AUCCAAAUGCAGUCCAAACGUAAGGGUAACACCUAGAAGAAAUAAUACAAUUAUAAUAAUCCUCAUAUAUUUUAGAAGGAGAACAAACUCUAUGUAUAGGUUACAUUCCAAAGUUAACAUUAAAACCUCCUUUUAUUUCCUGUAGAAUCAUGAACAAGUUCCUGCCAUUAGUGUUACUAUGCUACUUAUGUUCGGCUACACUCAUCAUUAUCGAUGCCAGCGAAGCUAAUGGGACUGUCUUGCAUAGAAACAGAAGAUAUCUAGCAUUUAUGAAUACAACGAGAUUCUUUAUGAAAGUAAAUUUCAAAGUGAACUCAGUCCCCUGGAACCAGCUGUUCGCUCAAGCAGUAGGGUUCCGCAUGAACUGGGACGAUCCCCCGGACUCGUACCGAUAUCCACGGAUCUACAGAAGGGAUGUUUACGACCAUGUCGAGACAUUGCUGGACAGGAACGGGCUGGUCGGCUUCCACUGCGUACGGCGCGCCAUCUGCGAAAUCCAAAUGAUACAGAACCCGAACAUCUACCACAAACUCCUUAAAAUGCUGUUUAGAAAAAUAUCAUCAACCACAGAACGCUGGCAUAACUCGUCGCCUGAAGAAUGCUAUACGUCACUGUCAUCAUGUCCCUUGUCACUGCUGGCCGUAUCACCUUACACCGACAUUAGUUAAUGUCAAAAUAUUCGUAAUUUACUGGAGUGGCUCUAAAGUGAAGGGUUAUGACUAACACUGGCUGGUUGGUUACGGUCAAAUGUUUUCAACAAUGAAAUGUUCUUUUUCAUUCUUCUUUUUUGAAUUUGAAUGAUUGUACGUUCUUAUUCAUUUGUAUUCCUUGGUCAAUAAAUGUUUUUUUUUUAAUACUGCUGGUAAUUAACUUUAUUCCUUUUUCAUACUGAAACUUUUUAGAUUCCGCUAUCUGAUCUUCUUUUCUGUUUCUUGAUCGUAUACGUUUUGUUUUUAUUUGAAAAAAAUACAAGACCUUAUUUUUGACGAAUGUACCGGGAGUAAACAUCAUCAUUCUAUCAAUAGAUUUAAAUAACUUUACCUGAAGCCAGGGGAUUUAUGAAGAGAGCUGAAGAUUUAGCUCAUUACCGUGUCUUGCCUGUGUCCAGAAUAGGCCUCUCAUAUGUGUCAUGAGUAUGAUGAUGAACUUUAUCAUAAUUAAAGAAUUGUAUUAUAUCCUCGAAAAACUGGACUAGACUUUAACGUGACUCAAGCUUUACAUUCUAACCGAUUCGCGCUUUCUUUAAUUCCGACUGAAACAGUAGAGUUCUUCAACCUACAUUCUUGAACUAGUUUACAUUGUCCAAACAUAAUAAUUGUUGAUAACCCACUCGACAAAUACAACCUACUUACUGACUGCUGCUGAAGAAAUAUUGUCGCUUUCAUUACUUAUCCACGUCUCUUAACUGUCUGU